CCAUUGCCCAUAUAAACAAUCAAAAAAAAGUUCUCUCCUCAUCAUUAUAAACCUUUUCUCGGUGCUUGUUAGUUUUUAGCCAACAAGGCUAUCACUCCCGAGCCAUGGCUUACAUCACCUCUGUUAUCCAAAUCAUAACGUUGUUUGCCAUCCUUUUCUCUACAGCAAGCUCUGUUGACUUCAAUUUCCCGGCUGUUUUCAACUUUGGUGAUUCAAACUCUGACACGGGUGAACUUGUUGCUGCGCUUGGGGACUUCCUGGAACUUCCCAAUGGCCAGACUUACUUCAAGGCUCCAACAGGGAGAUUUUGUGAUGGCCGGCUCAUCAUUGAUUUCCUAAUGGAUGCAAUGGAUCUGCCAUUUCUAAAUGCUUACCUGGAUUCAAUUGGCACACCGAGUUUCCGCAAAGGGUGCAAUUUUGCAGCUGCAGGAUCAACUAUACUACCACCUACUGCAAAUGCUGUCAGUCCGUUUUCUUUGGGAGUUCAAGUGGCUCAGUUUUUCCGGUUCAAAGCUCGGGUUCUGGAAUUGCUAGCUACAGGUAAAAAACUUGAGAAGUACCUUCCAACAGAAGAUUUUUUCCAGAAGGGGCUGUACAUGAUCGACAUAGGCCAGAAUGAUCUUGCUGGUGCCUUUUAUUCUAAAACGUACGAUCAAAUACUUGCCCUAAUUCCUUCAGUGUUGACAGAAUUUGAAACUGGAGUAAAGAAACUAUAUGAUCAAGGGGCUAGAAAUUUUUGGAUUCAUAACACUGGACCUCUUGGAUGCUUAACUCAAAAUGUUGCCAAAUUUGGAACUGAUCCAUCUAGCCUUGAUGAGCUAGGGUGCGUCAGCAAGCAUAACCAAGCUGCUAAAGUCUUCAAUCUGCAGCUUCAUGCCCUUUGCAAAAAAUUGCAGGGCCAGUGUACAGAUUUGAAUGCCACAUACGUUGACAUCUACACAAUCAAGUCCAACCUUAUAGCAAAUUAUUCUAAACUUGGAUUCGAGCAGCCUAUAAUGGCUUGCUGUGGAUAUGGAGGUGGACCUUUGAAUUAUGACAGUCGAAUUGCUUGUGGGAAAACAAAAGUCAUCAAUGGAACCUCAGUGACAGCCAAAGCAUGUAAUGAUAGUUCUGAAUAUGUGAAUUGGGAUGGAAUUCAUUACACAGAAGCUGCAAAUCAGUACCUUUCGACACAAAUACUCACCGGAAAGUACUCCGAUCCACCCUUCUCGAACAAAAUGCCGUUCCUUCUCAAUCUCAGGUUCUGAAGACCUUAAUUUACUCUCUGCUGGUAACUCUCUUUUUUAUUUGACUUCUAGCAGUCAUUGCAAGUAUUAUUGAUCAAAAACCUUACCGUAAAGAAUUAUAAAUUCGUGACUGGAAGUCCAGUUUCCAGAUAUUGCACUCUUCCAAUAAACUUACCCUAUUGACUCAAAGGUACUGUAUAUGUGCAGAGUGUGUGUGUGAUGAAAUGCAGUUCAAAUUGUUCA